UAGCACUGAAUGCAUAAUUACGGAGGUCGACCAAUGUCAGCUCUGUUCUCAACGAACUAACCAAUAACGUUACUUUUUACUUUCACCCACCGUUGCGCUGCCGCGAAUGCCGAUGAUUUUAAGUUGGUACUGAUCCUAAAUCUGUAUUUGUAGCACCAUUUUCUUCACAAAUCAACCGACAACUGCAAACGCCGGUGAAAAUUGUCGAAUCCGGAUGAAAAAGAGGCGCGGAUAUAUAUUAAAAUUUGUGAAUUAUUGGCGAAAACGACAUGGAAACAAUAGAAGAAAACCCGCACAACGUGCUAGGCAGUAUAUUGAAUGAGGAAGAACUUACACAGAUUCCAGAGGGUGUGAGCAAAAAGCUGAAAUCAUAUUUCGAUGAACGGUUCGAAGAAUUUAUCACUGCUAAAGCUGUGUUUGAGACUGCCAGAAAAAAUCUCGAACAAAGGUUAGAGACUCUGCAAAAGGAUUACAAUGAACAGAAACUGGAUUUCGAAGAAUGUAAAGGCAAACUGGAUCUGGCCAAUAAAUACACAAAUGAGCUUCAAACCAAAGUUGAUGAAACUAGGUCUGAAGCAACAAGAUUACAAGAAUCACUCAGAAGAUUAGAAAAGGAUAAUGCAGAGCUUCGACGUCAGCGGGAUGUGGCUACAGAUGAAAGAGAUGCACUCCAACUACAAGUUGAGCGUCGAGACGCAGAACUUGAGCGUACACAUGCUGAGCUGCAAAUGCUUAGUACGCAGUUGCAGACAGCGGUGACUGCUAAGUGUCAAGCUUUGGCAGACACUGAGGAGAUCCGCAGUCGUGAAAUGACUUUAGAUUACAAGGAACAGCGUCUGGAGAAAGAGCGAAACCUUUUGUCUCAACAGAUGGCGAAUUUAGAAGAAGAGCUAUCAAAGCGCACUGGAGAACUUCAAAAUGUUCGUGCUGAAUCAUCCAAGAGAUCACUGUUGACGGAAACCCAGCUUUCACAGCGUGAGGAAGAACUGCGAAUAGCUAAUGAUGAAAUUAGUAAACUCCGUGAAGGAAAUUCCCUCAUCACCAAACGCUGUGAUGAGAUCGCACAAAAACUAGAAGAACAAAGAGCUCAUGAGCUUUCAAUGCAUGCUUCUUAUCGUGAGGAAGUUAACGCUCAAACUAGAUUAGCUGACCUUUAUAAGGGAAUGGCAGAUGAAGCUAAUGCCAAGGCUGAUGAAUUUAGUUCAGCUGUCAAGGAACUACAAUCCCUACUUGAACAAGCCACUGAGCAGUAUGGUGUGCUUGAAACACAGCACAAUGAUUUACAAAUACGACUUGAUGAAGAGGUUGCUGAAAAGUCACAAAAAAUCGAAGAGCUUGAAAAAGAAUUAGAGCGGGCAAACGAUCUGCUGAAGGAUGCCAAACAAGAAAUGUUAGACCACGCAGUGGAGCAGCUGGCUCCAACAGCAGCAGUAGCAAGUAGACUGCUGAAAAAAGGCUCCAGCCUCACCCAAAUUUAUACCCAACUGGUUGAUGCCACCAACGAACUGGCAAUCGAGAAAGAAGAAAAUGAGCGAUUGAAGUCACAAAUGAAUAUAAUACUUCGUGAACUUGAAGAUAAGGCACCAGUACUUCAACAACAGCGUGACGAUUAUGAAGCCGCAGUUGCCAAUGUUACAACGCUCACUUCACGUCUUGAUGACCUCCUUGCUGAAAAUCAUCGUUUGCAAGAAUCCGCAGAUGAGGCCUCGCGCAUUGCGAACCAUCAUGUUCGGGAAAAUAAACGGCUAAAGACGGAGCUUGCAGAUCUCGCUAGACAGGUCUGUUUCCUUCUCAAAGAAGUCCAGGAGAGUCGUGGAGGUUCGACAGCACUCUCUUCCACAAUGAUGGAAUCUGACGACCUAGCAUCUUCUCAAAUUAUCAGCAAAAAGUUGGUUACCUUUAGAGAUAUUGAAGAACUACAGGAAAACAAUCAGAAAUUGUUAUCAAUUGUCAGAACAUUAUCUGCAAGACAAGAAGAAAUUGAAAAGGCAACUGAUGAAAUAAAUUCUGGAGAGAUGAAAGAAAAACUUGAUAGGUAUGUAGAACAACUAUCUGACAUGCAAGCAGCGCAGGACCGACAAUCAAAAAUGCUCGAAGGUUUGUUGCGACAAAGGGAUAUGUACAAGAAUAUGUACCAGCAGUGUUUGAAUCAGACCUCAACCAAUCGCCGAGAGUCUGUCACAGACGAGGAGAAGGCAGAAAUGGAAGUAGAUCAAAAGGAAAAUGAAAGAGAAAAUAAGAAGAAAGAAAACGAUGAAAAGGAUGGGAAAAUAACUGAAUUGGAGUCUAAGUUAAAACAACUGCGUGACGAGUAUGAUGCAUAUAGAAAAGAGAGAGUCGCACAUGAACAAAUGCUAGGUGAAGAAAUUGAGAGAUUGAGAAAAGAGGCAGAGGUCAGUUCUGCACGCAGUUGCCGAUUGAAAUCGCAGUUGGAUUCUGCUAAUGAGCGAUUCCAUCUUCUACAGGCCAAUGUCAGCUCAUACAAAUCCCAAAUUAAAGUUCUUGAGGAAAAAUGCAGUAAUUACAACACAACCAUUGGGAAACAUGAACAGAGUAUAAUGAUAUUGAAAGAUGAAACUUUAGAUGCACAAGCUCGUCUGUCACGAGCUGAGGUGCAGUUAGAAAACCUCCGACAAGAAAGGCAAUUAUUACGAGAUUCAGAGGGACGCCUGUUAAAAGAGCGAGAGGUAUUGCACAGAGAGAGACAAACGCAAGCUUUGUUACGAGCAGAUGUGGAAGCUAUUAAAGCCAGUUUGGAACGUUCUCAAGCAGAGGGUCAAUUACGAGCAGAACAGCGUCUUGACGAUGCUACUAGCGAGUGUGCAGCUUUACGUAGAAGACUUCAAGAAGAACAAGAUCGGUUCCGUGAAUUAGCUUCUCACUUAGAACGCCAGUUGGCUACUGCACAGCAACGGCUCACAGAAGAACGUGAGAUGGCGGAGAAAUUGCAAACGGACCUUGAAGCUGCUCGCGAAGUUCACAUUGAAGAUGUACGACGUAUCGAAGAUUUUAGUGCUAGACUUAGACAAGCUGAUGCACAUUCAAUAGCCAAACCCAUGAUUGGUGAUGAUAAUAUGAUCAAGAGACUGAAGGAACUUGAGGUUCAACUCACAAGUAGUCAAGCAGAAGUCAGAUCACUUUCAGAACAAUUGAAGGCAGCUCACCAACACAGCCAACAGUAUUGUAAUAUAGCCGAAAGCUCUGAAAGCCAACUUCGAGAGUUGACAGCGGAACAAAUAAAAUACAAGGAAAGAGUUGAACAGCAACUUAGAGAAACACAAGCUGUAAUAGCAUCACUUAAAAAGCAAAAUCAAGACUUAGAAGAGGAACUUAGCCGUGUUAAAUCAGGACGCCAAGAAACAGACUCAGAAUUACGAGAAAAGCUAAAUAUUGCUGAAAGACAAUUGGAAGAACUCGGAGAAUUGAGACACGAGUUACAGAUAGCUCAAAGCGAUCUACAAGCUGCGUCAAAUGCUGUCAAAGAAACUGAAGAAAAAUAUGCUAGGGAAAUGCUCCUGCACUCCACUGACUUGCAGGCCCUUGCACGACUCAAAGAAGAAUCCGGUGCCGUUGCAGAGAAAAUCUCUCAUCUUACCCGAGAACGUGACUCCGCAAUCGAGUCACUACAAAUUGAAAAGGCUGCCUGGCAUGAGAGAGAACAACGGUUGAAUGAGGAAGUUCAUGAGUUACAAGUGAGAAUGAAAGAUUUAGACACACAAAACUCCUUGUUGCAUGAUCAAAUACAAGAGCUAAGUGAUCGCACGGCUGUCAUUCAAAGUCAACAGUUGAACGCAAGUCGCUCCGUAAGCCCUGAUACCAGUUUAGAAGCAAUGAAUCGUAGCUUCAGUGGACUUGAGGAUGAUUCUAAAUCAGCGGAACAGCUCUUAAGAGUAAUGAAAUAUCUUAGAAGAGAAAAAGACUUGGCUGUUGCAAAGUUUGACGUUCUGAGAGCGGAAAAUUUAAGACUUAAGUCACAGGCUGAGGCACUAGAGAAACGAAUGAAGGAAGCAGAGACAUUGCUCAACUCACAACGUGAAGAAUCGGAAAUUGAUGUUGUGACAACCUCGAAGCAUUCUGAACUAUUACGCAAAGUUGAAACGCUGAAUGCUAUCACGGAUUCUAAUCGUAUCCUGAGAGAAGAGCGAGAUAGUCUACUGGUUCAAGUAUCAGAUCUAACUACAAAAGUAACAGCACUUUCGGCUGAGGUGGUACCACUUCGUGACAAAGCUCGAGAAUUGACAACUCGAACUGAAGCAUUGGUACAAGAGAAUGACAGCCUUAAAGCAGAAGCUACUAGGUGGCGUCAACGAGCCAAUGCUCUAGUAGAAAGAGCUAAUAAAGCAAGUCCUGAAGACUGGCGACGAUUGCAAAGUGAACGACAAAAUCUUAGUAAACUGCUGACUUCUGAGCGUGAAACGCAUGCAAAACAAACUGAUGAAUUGAAUUUACUGAAGGUAGAGAAAUCCAAACUGGAAGAACAACUCAUCCAACAGCAACGUCAGAUUCAAUCUCAGAGCGAACAAUUAUCCAAGAGCUUAGAAGAUAGCCGAAAGCUUAAUCAAGACUUGAGCGAAUCACUUGCUAACUCAGCUGCAAAAUUGAAAGAAGUGACUCUACUGCGUAAAGAACUCACAGACAAAGAAGUUGUACUGAAUGAUAUCAAAAAUAAAGAAUUGAAGAUCCGUACAAUUGCUAAGAAAUACAAGGCACAAUGUGAAGAACUAAGUAAAACGCUUGAAGAAGAGAAAUCUAAACAGCCACAGUUACAAGCGACUGGAACAGCUGUGCAAAAUGUGGAACGCGAAAAUCAAUUGAGGGAAGAGGGGCGGCAAGAGCUGCGUCAGGCAAAUCUUGAAUUGUCCACUCGAACUGAGGAACUGACUCGUCAAUUGACGGCUGUGCAAAAUGAAACGGAAGCCCUGAAGAAAGAAGUUGAAACCUUAAAUAAGGCUAGUGUUGAAAAGGAAGAGCGUGCAAAACAAGUACUUAAAGGCGCGAGAACAAGAAUCAUGCAACUGACAGAAUCGAAAAAGGUUUGCGAAAAAGAAUUGAAUGAUUUAAAGUCUAAAGUUGAAUCUAAUUCAGGGGAAUCCGAAACUUCUGAUCAUGAUGCGAGACUGGCUGCCAUCAAAUCUCAAAUGGAAGGAAGAAUUUCACGUCUAGAACAUGAAAAGACUGAAGUACAUGCUGAAAAAGAAGCUCUUCUCCAACGAGUUAAUCAAUUGCAAAGACAGUUGUCAUCUAGUGCUGGCGGAGUCAGUGUUACGAAUGAACCACCAACAGCUAACAUUAAGCCCAUGUCAGCCCGUUCAGAAACUCCGCUUGCAAGCAUUCGUCCCAUGACCGUUGUGGUACAGUCUAGGACUGCAGCUGUUUUGCCCACAACUGCAGCAGCUCCCGUUUUAGUAGCACCUCAACAACAGCAGCAGCAGCAACAACAACAACAACAACAACAACAGCAACAACAACAACAGGCCGUUCACACUACUGAAACUAGUUCACCUACCAGCAGUCAUACUGACUAUCAACCAGCCAGUACAAGCAGUUCGUCCCAGACCACUGCCAGCAAUUUGCGGCAGCUAGCAGUUCAACCACAACUCAGUGAACCAGCGGAAUCCACUCAGCGAGAAGACCCUGAAAGUGCAGAACCUUUGAGCUUACAGCAGCAACAGUGCCAACAACAAACUCAACAGCAGCAACAAACUGUGGCAUUGGUCAGUCCGAGAGUCGAACAACAACAGCAGCAGCAGCAGCAGCAGCAACAACAACAACAACAGCAGCAGCAGCAGCAGCAACAACAACAACAGCAGCAGCAGCAGCAGCAACAACAACCUGUGGCCAGUGUUAGUGAUCAGCAACAAACCGUAGCGAGCAGUUCAACACAAUCAGUGAGCACUUCGCAAGGCACUAGUGGCCAUAAACGUCCUAGAAGUCUUGAUACCUCAGCAUCCGGAUCAAGUGUUGCCGAAGGUGGUGUAGAUGCUACCAGACAAGAACAAAGUCCUAGUCCAAAAAGUAAACGAAGCAGGCAGCAAGAAAUUGCACCAGCACCCACUCCUAGUGCCACUGACGUCGAGUACCAGGUACCUACGUCAAGCCAACGUGAUCAAGAUGAAGAAGUAGAAGAUGGGUGUGUGGUUGUAGUUGACUGUGACGAAGGUGAGGGAGGUGGAACUCAUCAGGCUCAAGAGGAAGAAGAAUUUGACAAUGAAACAUACGAGGAAAUGGAAGAGGAAGAAGAAUUACCCUAUGGAGUUGAGGGUGAAGGAGAAGUAGACAAUAAUGAAGUAGAAAUAAUAAUGGAGGAAGACUCUACUAGUGUUGAAGUACCCCGACAAAUUCAAUCUGCAACUGGUAACAAUCAGCAACAACAACAGUCAGAAGCCAUCAGCAGUGCUGGGCCUACUGGGGAGCCACCUUUACCAUUUGUGCCAAGAUCCUCUCGUGGUAUAGCUCCGAUGCCAAGGCAACAGCAGCAACAACAUCUACUCUUGCCUCAGCAGGGAUAUGAAGAUGGUGGCGACGAUAGCAUAGUACCAAGCACCCCAACACUGUUUGUACCUCGCCGAGGAGAUGGGUUUGGGGAAGCUGUCAGCUCUCCCCAGGUACCCCAAGGUCGUUUCACCUUCGGCGAUCCUACUCUGACUGUUACUGCAACAGCAACACCAACAUUAGCUACUCCCACUGGACCAACAAGAGCUAUUUUUGGGUCCUCAGGUUCUGGGGUUGCUCAAGUAGUACAAGAAGGAAUGGAUGACACACGAAUGGAUCUGACUCAACUUGAAGACGCUGGAACAGGACGUAGUGUCCCUACUACUCCGUUACAAGUGUCUCCAGCUGCUGCUGAUGUACCACCUUCGACAAGCAGUGCCCAAUCGGAAGAACAAGAAGCCCCUGUAUCUGGUGUUGCCACAGCUACGGUAACAGCAACAACUGACACCAGUGAUGAGUCAGUGAUUCCUAGUAUUCGAGUCGUAACAGUAGAACAAGAAGCAGUACAAGCAGAAGUCACGACCGAAACUCUCGAGUUGACACCUACUGACGUAGUGACUUCUGAAAGUGAGAAACAAGAUGAGGCUGGCCCGAGUGCAGGGGAUGAUGAGGUUACUGAAGUAGAAGUUGAGGCGGAAGCAGCAGGUGCUGAAGUUAGUACUGAAGAAGUAGAAGAUGAAGGUCGGGAGGCUGAAGCCUCUCCGUCAUGUAACACACGUUCACAAAAGGCACUAGCUGCAGCAGCAAACAACAACAGAGUUACGGCACGUCGUUCUAACCGAUCUCCAUUCCGUUCGUCUCGAGGACAACGGCCAACACCUAUUAUCUGGGAAAAUCAGUCUGGUCGAGGGCACAAUCCAGUAAGAGGAGGGCCACAAUCAAGAGGUGGGGUUAGCGAAGGCAGAGCACGAGGGUCCAGAGGACGGCGUAUGCGAAAAUUUCCGUAUGCCCGCUUUUAAGACAUAGUACUAGCACUAGUUAGUGGGUGCUACUUAACGUACAUGCAUAUACUAUGAUAAAACUAGAUUCGUCAUAUUACGACGUGCAGCUCGAUGUGCUCUAGUAUUGCUUUGGAAUAUUGAUGGAAUUGUGUCGUCAUACGUUGUGAAAAAUUUUCAUCUAAAAAUACUGUGAAAAAAUGAGUAGUUGUAAAAAUAUGCAUAAGAACUCUGACUUCUAAUUCCUCACACAGAGAACAUAUUCUUUUGAUAGUCAAGUAUCCAUCGGCAUAUGAAAUGUAUUGUCAUUAUAGCAUUAGCUAGAUUAUAAAUCUGUUCCCAAACUGUGACUCGAGUGCGAGUAUUUUUAGCAAAUGCUGCACUUGAGAUAACCCAUUUGACUAAGAAAUUAACUCUAAGCAACAAAAAAGUAAAAUUAAACAUAUUUCAGGAAGAUUCGUGACAGUUGUCUCACGAUGAUACAUUCAUACUUCAUACAACAGUUAUAGUUAGUACCGUAGUUAAUAUGUAACGUCCGUCAACCGACUAAAAAUAAACACGGGAUUCUGAUAAAGAAGUAAUUGCCUUCUUAGGCCAGACGAAUGAAAAAAUAACGAAAAAUAUACGAGUAACAGUAAAAUCCUGGCUUAAGUUAUUAUUGGAAAAAUUAUCUUACCUCAUUUAAAAGCGACGACGA